AUGGCGGAACCCCGACCCGGCCUGCCACGCAAAUCAAAGCGCACAUCCAACGCAUGCGUCGCCUGCCGCACAAGCAAAAUCAAAUGCACGGGCGCCGACCCCUGCGCAAACUGUCAGCGGCGCCGCGUCGAGUGCCGCUUCCUGGAGACCGUCAGCAAGGUUAUGGUGCCGGAAAGGUUCGUCGCGCACCCGCUCCCAAGACACCACAACUAUGAAAAGGGAGGAUCCGCGCUUCUAUGGAGCCAGUCGAUAUAUGGUGACAAGGGAAAGGUCAGCGAGUCGGUGUCACGGCGGCAUGGUCAUCAUGAGCAGCGGACGGGGGAGAAAGGAGGGCGUGUCGAUGAGAGGUCACCGUCUGUGAAGAGGACAGCGGGUGAGGCGUUCGGGUCUGAGGUUGAUAUUGAUGGAAGCGUCGAGUCGCCGCCGCCUGAAGAACUGCUGGCCGUGGACUCUGGCCGAACGAUCUGGACGAGCCCGUUUACGCUGCCAUCCCGCAUCAUCAAGAAGAACCACAAAACAAAGCGCAACUGGACCUGGCUCGCCCCAACCUCAACCUGGUCCUUCACAGCGCGCCUCAAACUCAUGAUCGCCGAGAAACUCCACGUGGAGUCCCACUACAGCGGCCCUGAGCUGUUCGACGGCGACCUGUACCCAAUCCAAUGGCAGCCCGUACGCCCAAACACACAUCCCGACAUCACAAACCUCCCCUCGAUAGACCACGCCCUGUACCUAUUCAACACGGUGAAAUUCCACCUAGGUCACAACCACCUGCUCAUUGACGAGAAGCCGUUCGUCGAGAAUGUCCAUGCCUUCUACUACGGGGAUUCGGUCAAGCAGGCGACUGAGUGUCGAUUGUGGUUUGUGCAGUUUCUGCUUGUGCUCGCGUUUGGGAAUGCGUUUUUGAUGCCUUCGAAGAAUAUGAAUGACCCGCCAGGGGCAAAGUUCUUUCUUCGUGCUAUGUCGCUUAUGCCUGAUCAUACGGCACUCUCGCGAGGCGGGUUUCUGGCUAUUGAGGUGCUGUCCCUGACCGGGUUGUAUCUGUAUUCAAUUGACCAUCGCGCGUCGGCGAAUGUUUACAUCGGCCACGCAAUCCGCAUCGCAGAAAUGGACGGCAUGCACACGCAGCUUCCUGAAGAUGAACUAGGAGCAGAGACUGUAGCCCGGUGUCGAAAUCUCUGGUGGACGUUGUACGUUCUCGACCAGCACUUUUCGACCUCCGUCGGGGCCUCGAUGACGCCCAAAGAUAGCGAUAUCACGACGCUGUUGGAUCCGCCGGCGACGUCUUCGCAGAGUGAUGCGACCCUCGGGUUGCUUGUUAGGUUGUCGCACUUGCUGUCAGGCACAAAGACCCAACUAGGCACCUUCCUCGAAACAACACGCUCAAUCCUCCACGUGUUAGCCGGCCACGCACGCGAAAUCGAGAGCAUCAUCCACAUCAAGUUCCAGAACUCGGUUGACACGAUGCCCAAGGGGACGCGGCAUAUCACCUUGUUAUACCACCAGUGCGUAAUCGUCGCAACCCGCCCUCUCCUCCUGUCCAUCUUAAAAGAGCGCCUCGAGCGCCUCGGUCACGGCGCCGAAGACUGGCAGAGUAUCGUUGCUCCAACAAACGCGCUCAUUUCCGCGGGGAUAAAGUCCGCGUCGAAGACGCUGCAGAUUCUCACAGAUGAGGAGAGUUUGCUUGGCGUAGAAACAUUCCUCCCCUUCGACAUGGAGUUCACCUACGGGGCGGCUUUGCACAUCGCCAUGGCCAGCAUACUCUUUCCAACUGUUACAGAGGGCCAACAGGCGAGUUUGCAGGACGCGUAUUCCAUUCUCGACCAGAUGAUCGACAAGGGGAAUAAACUUGCUUCGGCGCGGAAAUCGGAGCUGGUGCAGCUCGAGAUGCUGUUUCGGGAUUUGGCGGCGAGGACUGAACGUAGCGGGUUGGAGAGGCUUGUUCUUCCUCUACCUGUUCCGCCGGCGGUGCUGCUGCCGUCUGGUGCUAGUCUGGCCCCAGAUCAUGUCGCAGGAAAUGGACAUAUAGACGCCCAAGACCCCGCACCAGCACCGGUACCAGUCGAUAUCGCUCAUGGACCAGAAAGCCUGCCUCUCUCACUGGCCGUUGAUCCUGGAUCCGACUCGCCCUCGGAGAUCGUACACGACUCGGCGAAUGUCGAUUUCCUGGACAGCAUUGGGAUCUCCUCGUACGAGUUCUUCUCCCUGGUCAACCAGAUUGGGAAUCCGGAAAGUUAUGUGCUUGAUCCCGCGUUGCAGCCGUGGGAGGAGGAGUCCGGGCUGGAAGGGUGA